UUUAAUGUUUGUGUUUCAGUUUCAUUUUUCUUCUUAAAUACAGUACCACAAACCUAUACUACACUUCCCUUGUCUUAACUCUCUUUCCAAACUAUUUUAUCUAUUUCACUUUUACAUAUGGGAGAAGAAGCACAAGAACUGCAACUUCACCAAAUAGAAGCUAAUGAAGCCAAAGAAACAUUAUCAUUGAAAGAAAAUAGCUUUGAAGAUCAAAAAAAUAUUAUGAUGAGUAAAAAAAGAAGAUAUUAUUUCAAGAUAGCCAUUUAUGUUGCACUUGUGUUGGUAGGGCAGUCAGCUGCAACACUUCUUGGAAGAUUGUAUUAUGAAAAAGGAGGAAAGAGUAAAUGGAUGGGAACACUUGUUCAACUUGCUGGUUUCCCAAUUCUAUUACCUUAUUACUUUUUUAUCACAUCAACCAAAAAACUCGCCGUAAAUAAAAAUAAUAACAUCGUUAAUCCAAUUUCAAAUCCACCAUCUGUUUUCAUGCUAGCUUUUGUGUAUGUCUCAAUUGGUCUAAUAAUUGGAUUAAUUUGUUACUUAUUUUCAUUUGGGCUGUUAUACCUACCUGUCUCUACUUUUACACUUAUUUGCUCAUCGCAAUUAGGUUUCAAUGCUUUAUUUGCUUAUUUCCUGAAUUCACUGAAGCUCACACCUUACAUAAUAAACUCCUUAGUCCUUCUAACAAUUUCUUCCUCCCUCCUUGUGUUUCAAAACGAGUCGUCGAAUUCCACAAAUGUUUCGAAGAAAAUGUAUGUGAUUGGAUUCAUAUGCACUAUAGGUGCAGCUGCAGGGUAUGGAUUGGUCCUUUCCCUUACACAACUAGCUUUCAAGAAGGUUGUGAAGAGUGAGAGUUUCAAAGCUGUUAUGGAUAUGAUAAUAUAUCAGUCAUUGGUAGCUGUUUGUGUCCCUCUAGUAGGACUUUUUGCAAGUGGAGAGUGGAAUGGUAUAAAGAAAGAAAUGGAAGAGUAUGAGUUAGGGAAAGCUUCGUAUGUGUUGAGUUUGAGUUUCACAGCCAUAGGUUGGCAAGUCUUUAAUAUUGGUUGUGUUGGACUUAUUUUCGAGUUUUCUUCUCUUUUCUCUAAUGCUAUAAGUGUUGUGGGAUUGCCUAUUGUUCCUAUAUUAGCUGUGUUUUUCUUUGAAGAUAAAAUGCAUGGGAUUAAGGCCAUAUCUAUGGUACUAGCUGUUUGGGGCUUUAUAUCUUAUAUGUAUCAACAGUAUUUGAAUGAGAGCAACGCCGAGGCAGAAAAGAGUGACACUCGUCACGUUACAAAAGUUAUGUCUCCUUUGGAAGUGGAUGAUAGAAGAGGGUGAUUGCGGACACAUGUUAAUCCAAUGAUCAGGCCAAGAAGAACUAAUUCAAUAUGUAAAUUAUAAAAAUUGAGUUGGUUUAUAUCAUUGGUUCUUUUAAUGUUGUUGUAAACCAUAUAUGAUUAAUUAGUAUAUUGACUUAGUAAUUGGAAGUCUAAUUAUAUCUUAGUCAAAAUUGUAUGUGAAAAAGUUAUGUGUAAUGAUAUUUCAAAAAAUUAAGAAUUCAUAUAUAUGAUGUGUUUUGACGAUAUAAA